GCUUAUAGUCCGUCCGCCCUAUCGUUUCGUUUGGAAAAUUCAGGAAAACACAAAGUUAAAAGAUUAUCUACAGUUGUCUGACAUUAAAGUUAUAACUAUGGGUCAGACUUACAGUACACAAGCAUUUAGUGAUAUUGAUUCAUAUCUGACAAGCAAGAAAAUGGUUGAAAAUCAGAAACUUGUCAGAAAGACUCAAUCAGUAACACCGCUUCAAAAUCGAACAGAAAUUCAGAAAAUGCAGGAAUCUUGGUCCACGGCCGUUUCAAACCAGACAUACAACAAUAAGGAAAAGUCUGAAAUCAUGAAACAAGUCAAAAACUUGUCACCGCUUCGAGAUCAAACCGAAAUUAACAUCAUGAAGUCUUGGGAAUCUUGGACCAUACAGCAAGCCAAGUUUCCGUGUAAGAACCCUGUAUUCCCUACUCAAAAAGGAGAGGGAUCAAAACAGCUGUCGGAGAAUGAGAAGACGAAAAACUGUCUUCUGGUAGAAAAAACGAUAAAGCUGCAGCAAGAUAACGAAAGCCUCAAGUUUCAAAUGCAGCAGAGGAUUUACCAAGAAGAAGCAAAUCUGUACCAUGAGCAGGCGAAGACCUACAAAGAGCAGGAAAGGAGACUUAAGGAGGUAAAGAAGAAUGAAAUCCUCCAAGAGAAACUUUCUAGAGUCGAAGAGGAGCUGUUCAUGUCACAUACAAUAUGUAUGAAUGAUUGUGAUUAUGACCCAAUGAACUGCUCGAGUGACUCUGAUUGUACACUUACAAAUGAUGUGAACCUAAUGGACUGCUCAAGUGAUUCUGAGGCCACUCUUGUCAAUUGCAGCGAAACUGAACAAAAGGAUCAUCCGAAAGCCGAUGACCAUGCUCAAGUCACCUCUUCAAGCCCUCAAACAGGACAAUUUGAUUUCGAGCAAAGUAUCACCGAGGAUAAUGAUUCUGGCAUUUAUUUUGAAUCUGACAUUGAGGUAAAAAUCACUUAA